GCGUUCAAACCGCUCCAUUUACGCAUCCAUUAGUUUACCCUUUUCACCUUUUAGCACACUUUUUUUUAAAUUCCUCAUCUCUGAAGGACGCCUGCAUCCUCCUCUUCACUGGACCACCGAGGAAAUAUUUUACCACUUUUUUUAAUGCACUUUUUAAAGUCUUUUUUUUUUAACAUGGCUUGUGUGCGUUCUGAAAAACUAGUGAUGAAAUUUUAACUCGUGGUUCGUCUUUCCUUUUUUUUUUAAUGUUUUCCUCAUGACAUUGAGUCGUGAACCGGACUCUAAUUUCCGUGUAGUUUGACAGACGUGCUUUAUUUUUUAAAUUGAAUGUGGUGGCGGUGAUCGGGCUCCGUCCUCCUGUUGCUUCAGUGAAAACACACCGGCAGCGUGUCUGCACGCCGCCUCCUCUCUCUCCCUCUCCCAGACGCACGGUCCACGCUCCGCCGCAGAGAAGGGGGGGACGCUCUCCCCGCACUCCGUUUCGGGGGGAUUUCACCGGGACUUUUUUUUUCCCCCCUCCGUAGUUUCGGAGCCGUCUCCGGUUCGUGAGCGGACAGACAGAAACAUUUCAUUGAAAAAAUGCCACAGUUAUCAGGCGGCGGCGGCGGCGGCGGAGACCCGGAGCUGUGCGCCACGGACGAAAUGAUCCCGUUCAAAGACGAAGGGGACCCGCAGAAGGAGCAGAUCUUCGCCGAGCUGAGCCACUCGGAGGAGGAGGGAGACCUGGCGGACAUCAAGUCGUCUCUGGUCAACGAGUCAGAGAGCAGUCCCAACAGCAACAGCCACGACGAUGCAGACUGCAGCUUCUUCCCCCAUCUCGAAGCAGCUAGACAGUCCCAAAUACCGCAAGAUUCAUAUCAUGAAAAACACAGAGACCAUCCGGAAGAUGGAAAACAUCAAGACAUGUACAGUAAAGGCCAUCCAUACCCCAGCUACCCAGGGUACAUCAUGAUGAGCAACAUGACCAACGACUCCUACAUGAACAAUGGCUCCCUCUCGCCGCCCAUGCCCAGAACGUCCAACAAAGUCCCCGUAGUGCAGCCGUCCCACGCCGUCCACCCACUCACCCCGCUGAUCACGUACAGUGACGAGCACUUCGCUCCCGGGUCCCAUUCCGGCCACCAUCCCCAGGACACCAACAACAAAGGAAUGCCGAGGCAUCAUCCCGGACCAGACAUGCCCAAUUUCUACUCGCUCUCUCCUGGAGGAGUCGGGCAGAUCACGCCACCGCUGGGAUGGUUCUCACACCACAUGGUGCCCGGCCCCCCGGGUCCACACGCCACAGGGAUCCCUCACCCGGCCAUCGUCAACCCACAGGUCAAACACGAGCCUCCGCAUGAAACCGACAUCAUGCACAUGAAACCCCAGCACGAACAGAGAAAGGAGCAGGAGCCCAAAAGACCGCACAUCAAGAAGCCGCUAAACGCCUUCAUGCUCUACAUGAAAGAGAUGCGUGCGAAUGUGGUCGCCGAGUGCACGCUGAAGGAGAGCGCCGCCAUCAAUCAGAUCCUGGGACGAAGGUGGCAUGCUUUAUCUCGGGAAGAGCAAGCUAAGUAUUAUGAGUUAGCCCGCAAGGAACGGCAGCUCCACAUGCAGCUCUACCCAGGCUGGUCCGCUCGAGACAAUUAUAAGAAGAAGCGGAAGAGGGAGAAGAUGCAGGAAACGGCCACAGGUACAGGCCAGAGAAUGAAAACGGCGUACAUCUGAGAAUAUGGAGGAAAGCGGAACAGUUUCUCCACAUGCAAAGCGAAGGCAGCAGCUACGGGCCCUCUGCUCGAGAUGGAGGCCUGUUAGAUUCCAUGAAGACCCUUAAAACCUCCAAACCGAAGCCUCCAGUUCUCAGAGGACCCCCCCCCCCCGCCACCCCCCCACCCCUCCCCUCUCUGAUACUGACCCCAACCCGCCCCACCCUGACCCCUAGGUCCAGGCCGCUUACUCCCUUUCCUUUGACACAGUCAGUCGCCCACCGCCGCCAAAAACCCUCCACUGUUGGACUGUACUGCAGCCCUCUGCCGCGCCCCCCGCCCCCCCCACACACACACACUCCUGAUUCUGAAGGCGCCUGCUGUAGAGACACUGAACUGAACAAGACAAUCAUGUUUAGUAGGAGCACUCUCACGUAAACCACGAUCUCUCACUGAAAGCAUCGAUUUUUAACGUCUGUGUUUCGUCAAGUUUCCUUUCUGAAAAUCAGCUUUACUGCAAUCCGAAGCACUGCACUGAAAAAACAGCAGCAAUUGUGAUGUGCGCACAAACUCCCGCCCUCCCGCCCCGCCCAAACACUCCCCAUGCCUGUUACUAAGUUAUUUUAAGUUAUUUGUCACCUCUGUUCCUUUGUAUAGUUUAUUAGGCCCGACAUUGACUCUCUCAAUGCCCCCCUUUCUCUCUUGCUCUCUCUCUCUCUCUCUCUCUCUUUUUUCUCACUGGAUUUUUGAGACCAUUUGGGGUUUCACCCAACUGACCAAACACCUCUUUUUAGACUGCACUAAGGAAGAUCGAGGGAUCUCAUCUCACCCCAGAAACGUCCUCAAGAUGCCAUUUCAGUUUGUUGCUGACCAGUUGGUGCAAAAA